CCUGGCUGGCCAGGUAUGUGUUUCCCCCCCAUAGACUGCCUUUGGACCCUGAGCUCAUUCUCAUAAACUGUACAUCUGUGCAUUGCUGAAAGAACUCUGUGCAUCCCCUGUAAUAUGUCUGAAGUCUCUGGUCAUCUCCAGUAGUGUGUCUGCAGUCAUCUCCUGUACUAUGUCCGCAGUCUCUGGUCAUCUCCUGUCGGGGGUCUGACGCCGCGAUCGUCACAUCCUGUACUAUGUCUGUAGUCUCUGGUCAUCUCCUGUACUAUGUCCGCAGUCUCUGGUCAUCUCCUGUACUAUGUCCGUAGUCUCUGGUCAUCUCCUGUACUGUGUCCGCAGUCUCUGGUCAUCUCUUGUACUAUGUCUGUAGUCUCUGGUCAUCUCCUGUACUAUGUCUGCAGUCUCUGGUCAUCUCCUGUACUAUGUCUGCAGUCUCUGGUCAUUUCCUGUACUAUGUCUGUUGUCUCUAGUCAUCUCCUGUACUAUGUCUGUAGUCUUGGUUCAGAAUAUUUUUUUUCUUGUUUUCCUCCUCUA